AUGUCUCCUGCUGCUGUUGCUGCUCGCUGUGCUGUCCCCUUAGCAGAGCAGCAGCAAAAGGGACUAUUAACAGAAGCAGAUGCAGCAGCAGUAGCAGCAGUAGCAGCAGCAACAGCAGCAGCAGCAGCAGAUACAGAAGCAGAUACAGAUGCGGAGGAUAGACCGCCAUCGUUAGCUAUAGCAGCAGCAGAGGAAGCAUACGGCAACACCUAUAGCAGCAGACGCACCAACAGCAGCAGCAGCAGCAGCAGCAGCAGCAGCGAGUAUGAUGAUGAUUCAUUAAGACCAACAAGAGAAGAAGAAGAGGAAGCAGCAAUUGAGCAAUCUCUUGUUACUAAGGUGCUGCGCACAGGGGCUAUAACUUCUCCUCCUGCUGCUCCUGCUGCUCCUGCUGCUGCUGCUGCUGCUGCUGCUGCGUCUCCAGUGGAUAGCCGAGGGACACAAGAGGGCCUUCGUGUCUUCCAUUCAAAUAUUGUUAACUCUAGAGGAGAGCUGCAGCAGCAGCAGCAAGCAACAACAACAAGCAGCAGCAGCAGCACAAGGGAAGAUGAGGCUGCUGCAUUGCAUGCACUAUGUGGGCAGUUGCUGCAGGAGGCAGCAGCAGAGGAGACAGAUCUUGAUGUGUAUAAUGAGGAACAAGAAGAAGAGGAGACACCUGUAGCAGCAGGAGCAGCAGCAGAAAAAGAAGCAGUAGAUGCAUUAAGUGGUCGUUUGCUGCGGCAACCACAGCACAUGCAACAGCAGCAGCAACAGCAGCAGCAGCAGCAGCAGAAUAUGAUGCCACGUAAGAUAUAUUGUAUGAAUAAUAAAGGAGAAAUAGCUGCUGCUGCAGUAAUAGAUCCAUUAGCGGAGACAAUUAGUAAUGAAUUAAAUCCUCAAUUAGUUGAUUGUCUCCUUUCUGCAGCAAGAAGAGACCCUCAAAGAUUUGCUGCUGCAGCACAGCAGCAAAUUGAGCAAACAUGGAGAUUAGCUGAGCAGCAGGAGAUGCUUGAUGCACAACAAGCACAACAACAUAAUCAUUAUCCUCCUCCUCCUCCUCCUUCUUCUCCUCCUCCUGCUCUAGAUAGAGGAGACACAAAUAAGCAAGACACACAACAACAACAACAACAGCAGCAGCAGCAGCAGCAGGAGCAGGAGCAGGAGCAGGAGCAGGAGCAGGAGUCUCCUACACAGGAGUUAGAAGGAGCAAACUAUCCAUGGAUCCCUCCAACCCACCAACCUAUCCAUGAUCCCCACCACCACCACCACCACUACCAUCAUCAUGAUCAGCAGCAUCAGCAGCAUCAGCAGCAACAGCAGCAACAGCAGCAACAGGAGCAGCAGCAACAGGAGCAGGAGAAGGAGCAGGAAAAGGAAUUAGUUCGUCCUCUUAGUUUAUAUGAAUUAGAAGAUUUAUAUUUUGAUGAAAAUUUCAGAAAUUUCGCCAAAAAAUUUCUCAAAAAAAAUGAAUUUUAUGAAUUCUUUAAAAGAAUUCAAAUUAAAAUACUAAAUAUUCAGCAGCAGCAGCAGCAGCAGCAGCAGCAGCAAAGGGAGGAGCAGCAGCAAAGGGAGGAGCAGCAGCAAAGGGAGGAGGAACAGCAAAGGGAGGAGGAGCAGCAAAGGGAGGAGGAGCAGCAAAGGGAGGAGGAGCAGCAAAGGGAGGAGGAGCAGCAAAGGGAGGAGGAGCAGCAGCAGCAAAGGGAGGAGGAACAGAAGAAAAGGGAGGAGGAACAGAAACAGAAAAGGGAGGAGGAACAGAAACAGAAAAGGGAGGAACAAAAACAACAACAACAACAACAACAACAACAACAACAACAACAACAACAACAAAUGGUUAAACAAGAACAAAGACAAGGGGAUAUACACCAAUAUAUACUACUACAGCAGCAACAAGUAGUGCAGCAGCAGCAGCAACAAGUGCAUAUGCAGCAGCAGCAACAACAACAACAACAAGGGCAACAACACGUAGAGCAGCAACAUAUACAAUUGCAACACCAACAUCAUAAUCAUCAGCAGCAACAUAUUAUGCAACAACAACACCAGCAGCAAGUGCAGCAACAUAUGCAGCAGCAGCAGCAGCAGCAGCAGCAGCAGCAUCACAAGCAGAUAGAGGAAAUGCAUAUGCAGCUACAAGUACAGCAACAGCAGCAGCAACUGCAGCAGCAUCAACAAGUACAGAAGCAACUGCAGCAGCAUCAGCAAGUGCAGCAGCACCAGCAGCAGCAAGCGCAGCACCAUGUGCAGCUGCAACACAAGCAGGAACAACAUCAGCAGCAUCAGCUGCAACAGGAGCAGCAACAGCAACAGCAACAACAGCAGCAACAGAAACAAGAGCAGCAAGAAGAGCAUCAAGAGCAACAAGAUCAAGGGCAAGAGAGGAGAUACAACGAAGACAAAAGGGACAUAACGGAGACAAAUAAAGAAAUAAAUAAAGAAAUAAAUAAAGACACAAAGGAAACAGAAAAGGAGACAGAAAAGGAGACAGAAAAGGAGACAGAAAAGGAGACAAUAAAGGAGACAGAAAAGGAGACAAUAAAGGAGACAGAAAAGGAGACAGAAAAGGAGACAGAAAAGGAGACAGAUAAAGGGGAGGAGACAAAAGAAAUAAAUAAAACAAAUAAAGGAAAGGAAGAAAAGGGGACAGAGACAGACACCUCCGCUGCAGCAGCACCUGCUGCAGAGCCACAAAGCAGCAGCAGCAGCAACAGCAGCAGCAGCAGCAGCAACAGCAACAGCAGCAGCAGCAGCAGUGGUGGUGGUGUAGGGUUUACUGUGUCUCCUUCUAGUCAAUCCUAUAUAGAUUGGUUAUUAGGGGAUCGGGGAGACGAUCCCCAAGGAGACGAUCCCCAAGGAGACGAUCCCGAGGGGACAGCAGCAAUUGUCUCCUCGCGUGUUGGUUGUAUAAGCAGCAGCAAGAGGCCCCUUGUGUCUGCAGCAGACAAGAUGCUGCCUUAUAUACAAUUCUUCCAGCAGCACGAGCCGCAGCAGCAGCAGCAGCAGCAGCAGGAAGAAGAGAUGGGGGAUAUGCAGCAGCAAUUGCUGCAAAUUAAAGAACAUCAACUGCAGCAGCAACUGCAGCAACUGCAGCAAAUGCAGCAGCAGCAGCAGCAGCAAGACGAUCCUAAAUUCAAGGAGCAGCAGCAGAUACUACAACAGCAACUGCAGCAAAUACAGCAGCUACAGCAGCAGCAGCAGCAGCAGCAACAGCAACAGGAGCUAACAGAGGAAUCUGUUAAGGAAUUGCUGCCCCCCCCUGUGGGGCCCCACACCUCCACACCAGUGGACCAAUGGACCACCUCAGGGGGUAUACAGAUAGAAGGAGACACUUAA